AACUUCUUCAUACCCAAGCAUCUUCUAGCCCUCUUUAACAUCAAAAAAGCCUUCAACAAUGCCUUCAUUUUCGCCUCAUGGACUCACAACACAGACUGUUGUGAGUGGUACUUGGUCAAAUGUGACGAAGUCACUCACCGCAUCUACUCCCUUAUCGUCGAUAAAGACGAUAAGGUUUCGGGUCCUAUCCCUGAUGCGGUGGGUGACCUCCCUUACCUUACAGACCUCACAUUCCUUGGGCUACCUAAGUUAACCGGUCCAAUCCCACACGCGAUCUCUAAGCUUAAAAACCUUGAGUCGUUAUGGCUUAGCCACAACAACCUCACCGGUCCAAUCCCCGACUUUAUUAGUCACCUCACUAAGUUAACCUACAUUAACCUCUCCGUUAACAAACUCACCGGUCCAAUCCCGCCUUCGUUAUCAUCCCUACACAAACUCGGCACCCUCUUUUUAGAGCGUAACCUACUCAAAGGACCCAUCCCCGAGAGCUUCGGAGAGUUUAAGAAUAACCCUGAUUUUUACCUUAAGUUAGCCAAGAACCAACUUUCGGGACCAAUCCCGAAAUCUCUAGGCGCGGUUAACUUUACGAAUUUAGAUCUUUCGAGAAACAUGUUGACGGGUGAUGCUUCAGUGUUUUUUGGAAAGAACAAGGGAUUACAAUGGAUUGACAUUUCAAGUAAUAAAUUUUCAUUUGAUCUUACAAAAGUUGGGUUGCCUAAAACCUUGAAUAACCUUUUAUUGAGUCAUAAUCAGAUUUAUGGAAGUCUUCCACCCGCAUUAGUAAAAUUGCCAAUGUUGCAGCAGUUCAAUGUGAGUUACAAACGGUUGUGUGGUAAGAUUCCAACCGGAGGUGAGUUGAAUCAGUUUGACAAGUAUUCUUAUGUUCAUAACAAGUGUUUGUGCGGCUCUCCCUUGCCUCCUUGCAAGUAAAUUAAAUCAUCGGGAUAUUAAAUUUAGCUGUCACUUUGCUGGUUUGAAUUACGUUAUUAAUGUAAUUGAAGUAGUAGCUAUAAAAUGUUGCAAAUAACAGAGUUAUAACUAGUCCAAUGGCUAUAUAGUUAUAGCUUGGGAGCCCAAGAAAAGCGCCAUAUCUAUAACUAAUAGUUGGCUCUUUGGUUUUCCUGGUUGGAGUUUUGAGUGUAAUGUCAAUUUGGAAUUUGUUGUUCAUUUCUUUAGUAAAGUUUGUCGUUUCAAAA